AAUAUCCAAAUGACUCUUUUCUUUUCCAGAUACACUGCAGAGACUAAAGAACAACUAUGGGCAUUCAUGUUACAAAGCUUUUUUUAGAGAGAGAAUUUGAAAACUUAAAGAGAGAUUUGGAGAAAGCCAGUCUCCCUGAAGUGGCAGCUGAAUACAAAAAACGUUUAGAUAAAAUGCAUAAUCAGCCCCUUAAUAUCGCAGUUACUGGAGAUGCCGGGGCUGGGAAAUCCUCCUUGGUCAAUGCUAUCCGGGGUGUAAGUGAUCAUGAUAUGGAGGCCGCCAAGGUUGGAGUAGUAGAAGAAACCAUGGAGCCAAAGGAAUAUCCUCACCCUAAGUUCCCCAAUAUGAAAAUAUGGGACCUUCCAGGAAUCGGAACACCUAAAUUUCAGGCAGCAGAAUAUCUGAAGCAAGUCAACUUUGAAAGAUAUGAUGUCUUUAUUAUUGUUUACUCCGAACGCUUCACUGAAAAUAAUGCUUUGCUGGCAAAGGAAAUACAAAAAAUGAAUAAGAAGUUUUACUGCGUGCGUACCAAAAUAGACCACAGUAUAGAAAGUGAAAAGAGGAAUCCAAAUUUCAACAUGGAGGAAACCCUGGAGACCAUCAGGAAUUAUUGCGAGGAUCGCAUAAGAGACACAGGUGGGCCUCCUGCAAAAACAUUUCUGAUAUCCAGCUGGAAGGUAAAAGAGUAUGAUUUCCCUCUCCUGCAAGAGACAAUAGCUACUGAACUUCCUGAACACCAGAAAGAUGUUUUAACACGGGCUAUGCAUAUUUUCUCAGAAAAAGAAUUGAUGAUGAAAAAAAAACUAAUGAAAUCCUAUAUAGAGAAGGUAACGCUGGUAUCUUGCUAUUGUGGAACAGUUCCUGUUCCGGGUCUCCCUAUGGUUACUGAUAUUGCAAUUUUGCAACAUACUCUGAGACUUUUAUGCAGGGCGUUUGGCUUUGAUGACCGGUCCCUCCAUUUUCUGGAAGUUCAGACAGGAAAACGAUUUGAAGAGCUGAAGUCGGCUAUUACGAAAACCCCGUUAGCCAAUGAAAUUGAUAUGUGCUUGGUAAUUUCUCGCUUGACGAAGUCAUCUCUCUGGGUAUCUUUGUCAGCUCUGGAAGUUAUUCUAGAUUUUAUACCUGUUGUUGGGUCUUUGUUUGAUGGAGCAAGUUCACCGUAUCUCACAUAUCAUUUUCUGAACAAGUUUCUUAACGAAGCUGUGGAAGAUGCCCAAAAUGUUCUAGAAAUGAUCGGAGUUCCUAGGGAACGAAUCCAAGGUAACCCCAAACUCCCCUUUGAAUAAAAAUAUGCUUCAAAUAUUAAAACUACCUAUUUGCUGCCUUCUUUUCAUAAUUCUCUGAUUGAAAUACAUGCUUGAUCCACCCUAAGAGGAAAAAAAUAUCUCUGGGUGCAGAUUAUUUCCAUGGGAAGGCAGAAAUUCAAGAUUUAUCUCUAUGGUUUGUGGGUGGUUUUUCUUUUCUCGUGUUUCUUGUUUUUUCAAUUUUUCUUGCCUUCCCCAAUUCUAUUUGUAACAAUUAUAAAUAACAAAAGAGAAGGGACUGUGGUACUAAGUAGAAAAUUCAUAAACCUUUUUUUUUAAAUGCUGAAAAGAACCCAAUGUACUUUGCUUACCUUGUUAAUGUUAUACUAUAUAUACAAUUCUAUUUGUAACAAUUAUAAAUAAUCAAAGAGAAGGGACUGUGGUACUAAGUAGAAAAUUCAUAAACCUUUUUUUAAAAAACUGCUGAAAAGAAAUCAAUGUACUUUGCUUACUAUGUUAAUGUUAUACUGUGCAUUAUUGUAUAGCUUCAAUAAUUAUCUGUCAAUCCACAACUUUCUUUUUGG